AUGUUCAUCACGCAGCUCACUGAGCCGCACGCCGUCUUGUCAUGGUCAUGGCUGAUUCAUGAUGGAUGCGCGGCCGCGCCACGCUCGGGCGCCACUGAGCUCCUCCGCGCGCUGCGCCAGUGUUCCCAGGUCUACCGGGCCGUAGAGUGUCGCUGGCUCCUAUGCACCUGGCUUCUUGCAAUCAGCGGUGCUAUUUUGUGUAGCUCUGCAAAGCAACUGGAUCCGUUAUUUGGCUUCAAUCUCUUCGGUUGUGUCUUCAGCCUGCAAGCACGGCGGGCCUUGCGAGCAAGGUUGCCCAAGCAAGCACACCAUGUGGAGGAUGGCACUGUGUCGCCGAGUCCCCCGGACCGAGUGAUAGCAGCGCCACGUGAGAAAGAGGCGGCAGCGACCCCAGCAGCCGAGGCAUUGCAAGCUCGAAUACAGUCGAACGUUGUACACGUGCCGGGGGACGGCUGGUGUUUCUUCUACACCGUGAGCAAGUACUUCAAAGGAGGGACGAACUGGGAUCGCAGCGCAGCCGCCGAAAUCUACUUGCAAGCCAUUGAGUGGUUGUUGGCUGCCCAGCACGGGCCUCAAGCAGACGCAGUUGCAACCGCGUGUGUGCCGUUCAACGCAGACGAAUUGCGCCUGCACGAGCACUUCCUCCGACAACAGCCGACUGCCGUCGAGACUGCAGCCUUGAAUACGACCGAAGUAGUCUUAUUGAGUAAGCUCCAUGCAUUAUUGCCCCAGCCUGCCAUGUUAGACUCCAUCCACCACGCUUCUGCUGGCGUGGAGUUAUGGGCUUUGACCCAACAGUUCGAGUUUGAGUGUCUUAUUUGGGGUUCCCAAGAGAACGUGAAUUACUGGGUGCGGUCCAUGGACUGCCUCACCGACCAGGAAGCACAUGCAAAGCUGCAACACCACAGCCCGGUAUUGGAGCUCGUGCAUGCGCAGGCCGAGCCGCAGCCAGCCAAAAUGCCCAACGUCGCCUGGAAAGGCAGCGGCGCCCAACGUCGCCUGGCCUGCCCAGUUGCCUGGCAGCUGAGUCAGAGGCGUCAGCUAGGCACCAAACAACUGCGAGCGCGAAGCAAAGGCAAUGCCAAAGCGCCACUGCCCUGGGAGGACCUGAGCCGUGCUGCCACAGUCUCCAAGCAGGCCAAAGAGGCGGCACACGAUGUCGGGGAUGUGCAAGCGGAAGCGGCCGCGCUGUGUGUCAUCGCUCAGAUCCACGUCUUUAACGGUCGACCGCAGAGCGAAAUCCUCGAAACCUUGGAGGAUGCCAUGGCUCUGGCGGUCGAGGCGGAGGAUGGGCGGACGGAAGCCACGGCGUUGCUGUUGAAGGCAGAGAUUCAUUUGCAGGCGGAAGAGCUGCAGGAGGCGCUGAAUGCAGCGAGGCAGGCGGAGCUGCUGCUGGGCCGCAUGGACGAUGAGGCGGCCAGUGCCAAAGUCGAGGAGAUCCUCAACAAGCUCCGCGGCUUUGAAUUCCGCGUGGACGAGGCACCGGUGGCGCCGGCCUAUCGAUCCUACGGCUAUGAUCCCCGCAUGGCGUUGCCAUUGGUGUCGGGCCCCGACCCUGCUGUGGUCAAAGCCACUAUCCAGGAGGUCACGAAGAAAAUGGUCGGCAAAGAGGACGACUUGGAAGCUGAUAUGCCACUCAUGGACUUAG